AUGGCUGCCAGUGGGCCUGUUACAAACGGAGCUCACASCGAGAGCAAGUCGGUCGAGCUCGCCGUCAAUCUCCCGCAUAGCCCAGGUUUGCGGGUGCAUCUACGGCUCACAGUGCUUGCCAACUCAAUUUUGCUGUUCUUGACGAGCAGCAGUGCAGAUGCUGGCCAGGGCGCCGCAGCUAUGGGUAGCUUUGUCUAUGGGCUCCCGGACAGGUACAAUCCUACACAGCCAAUGAGCACUGCCAUCUAUACCAAUCCCUCCUCGCUUGACUUCUCGACACGUCUGGCCAAAGUACUUGCCCGUCGACUGAACAUGCCCUGUUAUGUUGGCAGCAGUGUCAAUCUCUCUGGUGCGGCUGGAGGCGGAAGCGUAGAUGAGGAAAUGGAGGCCUUCCGAGCCAUCAUAGACGUCGUUACUGCCCAGGUGUCUCGAUGA